CACGUGACACGCUAAAGAUGGCGGCGCCGGCGCUGCUCCGUCAGAGCAAGCGUUUGACCUCGUUGUACGUCGUCAGCUCUCGGUUUAGCAGCACUUCAGGGUGUCUUUCUUCCAGUCCCCGGAAAGGUGGGAUAUUCCACUUUCUCACCAGCCGCUUCUACGACAUUGAAAGCUUUGUGGAAAUCGGCCAGAAGUUAAAGAGAUGGAAAAAGGAAAAAGGAAACAAGUAUGACGUCGACCUGCACGAGCGUUAUGGCGGUGAUAUCGCAGCUGCCAUCUUUGUCCUGAAGCUGCAAGGGGCCAUUCGUUUCCAGGACCAAAUGGAUUGGUAUCGCGAGGACUUGAAAGAGGAAGGAAGCGUAGAUUUUCUAGAGUAUAUUGGAAAGUCCUUGGAAGCCAUCGACCUCAGCGGCUCCGUCAUCAAUUACAUCGGCCUGAAAAACUUUGGUAGCCUGACGGGCCUGAAGCAUUUGGACCUGAGCAGGUGCUCCUCCAUCGAUGACUGGUGCCUGAGCCAGCUGCACCCCUUCGCGGAGAGCCUGCAAACCUUGUCUUUGGCGGGCUGUUCCCGGAUCACUGAGAAAGGGCUGACGUGUCUCCACCACUUUCAAAAUUUGGAACGCUUAGAUGUCUCCAGCCUUCCUUCUGUUCCUCACCCGCUGUUAAUUCGGAUUCUCCUGGAAGAAAUGUUGCCCCAGUGUUAUAUUGUGGGGAUGGACAACCAUGAGAACACGGACUUUCCCACCCAACGGGAAAAAGACAGGACUUUCUAGACGCCCAGCAAGAUCUCCGCUUGAACCAAAACGGACAGAACUGCCUCUGAAACGGUUCUUUAAAUCUUCCUGUCCCUCCUCUGCUCCCCUUUGAUAGACACACACAGAGACCUUUGUUUUAAAGCCGACAGUUGUGGACCAGGCUAGCUGCGGAUUGUAUGAAUCAAGGUCAACACCACUGAUGUGGCAGCAGGCGAGGGAACCUCUAAAGGACGCCAGUUAAUUCAUUAUUUUUAAUGGCAGCAGCAUAAUAAAUGGGGUCUCCCUAUUUAGGGGGUGAGUUCACCCUGAAGAG